AUGGCUCUUUCAAAGAGGAUCAUAAAGGUAUAUGUAGUAACCGAACUGUUGUCUAGGAAUUUUUACUGGAGCGGGUUACCCAGCGGCAAGUGUCGUGUUUCUGUGCCAGAGUCGUGGGGGGCAUCGGAAACGGAACGCUUGCUUCAAGAACCUGCACCCGGCAUUAGUGCGACCCCUCACGAAGAUAAUUUACGUUACUUUGAUGUUAUUAUCGCUGGACCUAGUCAAUCCCCUUUUGAAGGUGGUGUCUUUAAUCUUGAACUCUUUCUUCCCGAAGAUUACCCGAUGGCCCCACCAAAAGUCAGAUUUUUGACUAAGAUAUACCAUCCUAACAUCGAUAAACUUGGUAGGAUUUGCUUAGAUAUUCUCAAAGAUAAAUGGUCUCCCGCAUUGCAGAUUCGCACCGUACUUCUCUCUAUACAAGCUUUAUUGUCUGCCCCAAAUCCUGACGAUCCGUUGGCGAAUGAUGUGGCCCAACAUUGGAAAGAAAACGAACAAGCUGCCAUUGCUACUGCUCGAGAAUGGACUCGAAGUUACGCGCAAGGCUAA